CGAUCAGGCAAUCAUAGAGAAGAGAGGCGGGCCUUUUAAAUGCAGACGCUAAAAAUAAACUACACAGCUAACCUGUAAAAACGAUUAAUCAGUUCGUUCCUGGAAGUACCAAGUGCAAGACUAUAAAUAUUUUUGCUUUAGAGGUAGUUAUUAGAUGUCUGAACCUGUUAAGAUCUAAACCCUCAUCAUGUCUAUAAGAACCCUGUCGUUCAAGGCUCUUCUGUUCCUCUGGCUUUGCCAGGUUGGACCCCGAGGUCUCGCCUCUGCAACUGAUCGACGAGAUCCACCAAAGAACAUCGCCAUCGUUGGAGCUGGAAUCGGAGGAACAGCAGCAGCUUAUUUUCUCAGGCAGGAGUUUGGACCCAAUGUCAAGAUCGAUGUGUACGAAGCAGGCACUGUUGGAGGACGUCUCGCUACAGAGAACAUCGAUGGACAAGAUUAUGAAAUUGGAGGCUGUAUUUUACACCCGCUUAAUUUGCACAUGAAGCACUUUGUGGAUAAAUUAGGUCUGUCAGCUCGUGCUGAUGUUCCUUCCAAGACAGCAAUCUUUGAUGGGAAGGAGAUAAUAUACGAGGAGAGUGACUGGUUUAUCGUGAACUUCCUGCGCAUGCUGUGGAACUACGGCUUCAACUCGCUUCGCAUGAAAAUGUGGGUGGAGGGGAUUCUGGACAAGUUCAUGAGGAUUUAUCAGUACCAGCAGUUCAGCUACUCCUUCACGAGUGUUGAGCGAUUGCUUCAUGCCAUGGGCGGUGACGAGUUUCUCGGUCUGCUUAACCAGACUUUAGAAGAGGCCAUGCUCGCUCACGGCUUCUCUCAGACCUUCAUUAAUGAAAUCGUCACGCCAAUAUCGAGUUUUAAUUACGGUCAGAGUGUUCGCCUGCAUGCCUUUGUCGGUUCCUUUUCACUGGCGGGGGCUGACUCAGACCUGUGGGCUGUGGAUGGAGGUAAUAAGAGAGUCUGUUCCGGGCUUCUGUAUCACAGCAAAGCAAACCUCAUUCAGGCACGUGUGACCAACAUCGCUCUCAAAACAAGGCCCCAUAAAAGCGGCACCAUCUCAACCUUUUACGAGGUGAACUACGAUGCGGAUUCUGGCCCCGCCCACUCCCUUUAUGACAUUGUGGUUUUGGCCACACCCCUCCACCAGGGUUUGACCGAUAUCAGUUUCUCUGGUUUCUCUCCUUCCCUGCCUUCAAACUUUGCUGGAAGCUACCACCAGACUGUAAGCACGCUAGUCCACGGGCGUCUCAACGUCUCCCACCUGGACACCAGACGGAAACCGAGCGAGUUUCUCAUCUCUGACGUUUUCACAACAGAUGAUGAGAAAUUGGGCUUUGCCAGUUUGAGCUCCUUGGAUCCUGUCCACAUCACUCCAGGUUACUCGCGACCUCCGGGCAGCCAGAAAACCGUCUGGAAGGUUUUUUCUUCUAAGCCCCUGACCGAGGAACAGCUGAAGACGCUCUUCGUUUCACGAGAGAGUGUGGUGGAGAAGCGCUGGCUGGCGUAUCCAUCAUACAGAGCGCCAGAGCGUCGCGCCCCACCUUUCAUCUUCCAUCAGAACCUCUACUACCUCAGCCCUAUCGAGUGGGCCGCAUCAGCGAUGGAGAUGAGCGCCAUUUCAGCACGAAACAUAGCACUGCUCGCCAACCACCGCUGGCACGGACACACAUCGAAGGUGGAUCAGGAGGAUCUUCAUGCUCGCCUCCGGGGGGAGCUGUAGAGGAGCGAGAGAUGCAUUUACUAAUAACAAUCAGGAAAUCAACAAUGCACUGGCUGUUUGAGUGAACUGCUCAUGUGGUGUUUUUAAUUUUAGUACAAAGAUCAUACGAAUAAUUUUUAUGGCAGCUCACAUUUUCAUUCUAAUUUUAGUUGUUUCUUACAACAUUGUCAGGUGAAUUUGGAAGUUGUCUACAUGAAUUGAGGACAACUUUUAGGUGCCUUCCUAUUACAAGAGAAGUGUUUUAAAGAGAAGAGCUGUUAAGUGCUUGAACUUGUAUUCCACUGGUUCCGUAAAAAUUCUUUCAAUUGCUCUGGUUUGGUAAAGAUAAUUAUCUUACCAGAUGUUACCCAGCAGGAUCAUUUUGGUUCUGAAUUACUGAAAGGAUGUGAAAGAAUUUUUUUUUUUUUGGUUGUUUUUAUUUCAGACCCAAUAUUUAUUUAUUUUUUAAUAAUCAAAUACUCCCUUUUUAUGUUGAUUGAUAUAAAACACGUCCCUGUAGAGGUGGUAUAAUUCAUUUAAAGAAAAGAAGUGCCACUUUGCUUACUGUUGAUGCUGCGAGCAACCACUGUUGAUUUGACGUCACCUGCUGAGCUUACAGUUCAGGAGGCUAUCCAGAGUUCACUUUUCUUAAUUUUGUCGUGUGUCAUGAGUUCAGUCUCAGUCGAAUGCAGCAUAAUACAGAAUACCAGACUGAGCAUUUUCCUUCUUUUUCUGAAGUCUGUACAUUAUCACUUUAUAAAAGUUAGUAUGUUGUUAAGCAGCACUGCGAGUGAUUUAUUUUCAUGUAAAAAAAAUUUUAAAAAGCAUGUAAACUUCAGAAUAGUGUAUAAGCAUUAAAACCAUUCAUUUUCCAGUUCAUCUAAAUUAACUUUACCUUUAAACCUAAAAAACUAAGUCAGGGUUUAACACAAUUAAAUAGAUUCAGUUUUAACUACUACAUCAGCUAGUGGUCAAAUGACACUUUAAUCUUCUUAAUGUAUUUUUCAAAAAUUUUCCUGUUAGCUAUUCACUGAUCCAGUACAUCACCUAUGCUAGAAUAAACUGCAGUACUGAUGAACAUCUGUUUUUAAUACAUUUAUUAAUAUAAGUAUGUUGUAAGUAUACUUUCGGAGAUCUACCAGGUGUUGCAUUCUUGAACCUGAUUGGUUAGAAAUGGUUUGGUUGAUUUUUCAUUUCUAUAACAUCUCUAUUUCCCUUUGAAGGCAAAUUACCCUCUUGUAAUGUUUCUAUAGUGGUAGCUAAUGUAAAAUUAAUGACUUGAGCAAUAACAGGAACUACCUUGCUUGUGUGGAGGUCCACAAAAAGUGUCAUUGUCAUUAAAAGUAUUAUACCACGCA